AAGAUCUUGAUGCGGAGAAACAAAAAGAAACAUUUUUCUGAUGCCCGUGGAAGCCGGGACGCUGCCCGCCGGACUCAGAGCCGGAGGAAACCUCCUCUUUGUGCCCAGAAGGGAGUGUGUGUAAGAGAAAGACGGAGUUGUGUGCUCGACGACAGUCCAAGCCUGUCUAGGGAAACCUUGGGCAGCACUUUCCAGAGACGCUGCCUGAGAUUUCAGCCUGUCUGGCUGCUGAAAAAGUGCAGAAUUUGUUGAUGCCUUCUGGUUUGAAGAAUCUCCAGCUGCUCCGAUGAUGGCUUAAGAAGGCUGCGUGCUGUUCCUUCUUGAUGCCAAGCCAGACCCACUCAGAGCCUCGGAUCUCAGUCCUUCAUGGAGACCAGGUCUCAGCAGGAACGGCGGUAGAGGAAAUUGGCACCCAGAUGGUUCCUCCACGUGAAGUUGUCUUGGGCUGUGGGCCGACUCGAGAACACCUGGUAGCCAGGCUAGCCCUCUGUCAGUCAGCCAGGGCGGGGCAGCAUGGUGCGGUUUCAGAGGAGGAAGCUUUUGGCAUCUUGCCUGUGCAUCACAGCUACCGGCUUUCUGCUUGUCACACUUCAGGUAGUGGUUGAGCUGGGAAAAUUUGAAAGGAAGAAAUUUAAAAAUUUCUAUUUACGAGCUGGACAUGCAGAAAUGGAAGAAGAGCCUACACAUCUCUAUCCAUUCCUUCAGAAAGAAGCACUGACCCUGAAUAGGAAAAAAAAAUUGGAAACUGACAGCUACCCCAUUAUGCUCUGGUGGUCCCCACUGACUGGGGAAACGGCAAGGCUAGGCCAGUGCGGGGCAGAUGCCUGUUUCUUCACCAUCAACCGGUCCUUCCUCCAUCAUCGCAUGACCAAAGCACUCCUCUUCUAUGGUACUGACUUUAACAUAGAUAGUUUACCUCUGCCUCGGAAGGCCCAUCACGACUGGGCACUUUUUCACGAAGAGUCUCCGAAAAACAAUUAUAAGCUGUUUCACAAGCCAGUGAUCACCUUGUUCAACUACACUGCCACGUUCAGCCGGCAUUCCCACUUACCACUAACUACCCAAUACUUGGAGGGCAUAGAAGUCCUGAAGUCACUCCGAUACCUGGUCCCUUUGCAGUCCAAAAACAACCUUCGAAAAAGACUUGCUCCGCUGGUGUAUGUACAGUCAGACUGUGACCCACCGUCAGAUAGAGACAGUUAUAUCCGAGAGCUGAUGACUUACAUUGAGGUCGAUUCCUAUGGUGAGUGUUUACAAAACAAAGAUCUCCCUUGGCAGCUGAAAAACCCAGCCUCUAUGGAUGCUGAUGGCUUUUAUAGGAUCAUUGCUCAGUAUAAGUUUAUCCUUGCCUUUGAGAAUGCAGUUUGUGAUGACUACAUCACUGAGAAGUUCUGGAGACCUCUGAAACUGGGGGUGGUCCCUGUGUAUUACGGAUCCCCCAGCAUCACGGACUGGCUUCCAAGUAAUAGAAGUGCUAUUCUCGUGUCAGAGUUUUCUCACCCUAGAGAACUGGCAAGUUAUAUCAGACAACUGGAUUAUGAUGACAGACUGUACGAGGCCUACAUAGAAUGGAAGCUGAAGGGUGAGAUCUCUAAUCAGCGACUUCUCGCAGCUCUCAGGGAACGGAAAUGGGGUGUGCAAGACAUCAACCAGGACAACUACAUUGAUGCAUUUGAGUGUAUGGUGUGCAACAAGGUGUGGGAUAAUAUUAGGCUUCAGGAAAAGGGCUUACCACCCAAAAGAUGGAAGGCAGAAGUUACUCACCUGAGUUGCCCAGAGCCUACAGUGUUUGCUUUCUCCCCUCCGGCUCCACGUUCGAGCUCUUUGCGACGGAUGUGGAUACCAAGCUUUGAACAAUCCAAGAAAGAAGCCCAGGCACUGAGGUGGCUGGUCGAUAGGAAUCAAAACUUUUCAGCUCAAGAGUUUUGGGCCCUAGUAUUCAAGGACUAAUUUCAAAAAGUAUCAGGAUGGUACAGACUAGAGCCAUCUUGAGUUUUAUUUUUUAGGUUGCCUUAACAUAUGAAUACAAUAGCUACUUGGUUGACUAUCCUUUAGGAUAAGAAUUUAAUUGCUGCAGUACUCAUAAUGAGCCCUAUCAAAUAAUAGAUAUGAAUUGCCCUUAGGGGUCACCUCUAUAUUUUUUUAUACUAAAAAAGUGAAUAUUUCAUAUGGACACUGGUCACCUUCAGUUUACUUGUCUGGACCCAUGUACCUGCUGCCAUUCGUGGAAGUUCACCUGAUGUAGAGUGAGUACCUUCCUCGCUGAAGGGAGUCAGAGGGUGUAGCUGUGCAUUCUUGAUACUCACCUCACUGACUGCAGUUUAUUCGUAUUUGGCAAGCCCAGUGUCCUGAUGCUGAGCAUGAACAUGAAAUGCAUUAGAACUUGGCAAUGAGAGAGUCCAUCUGUUGGUUUCCAAGGAUGUAAGUGAGUAAUAAAAGCUGUAUGAAGUUGA